AGCAGCGCGGUGGUCGGUGCGGUGUGUUGCCGCUGUGACUUUGUUUUCUUCCUCUCGCUAAUGACCAGCGUUUGAUAGCCAGGUAGCCUUCCAUUGUCUCUCGUUCGCAAGAAUGCCGCUGGAGCAGCUGGUCGUCGGAACAACAAUAGCGGCGAGGUAACCAGGUCAGCUGUGGGAAACGCGAGACUCCCACAGGUCCGCUGCGACAUGCAAGCCGAGUACAACGAACGUCCUACGGGCCCUUGAGUUGGCAGUGCCGGCUCAAAAAUAUGCUCAAGAAACGCCGAUAGUGCACGUUGCAUCUACGGGUGUUGGCCCACGGCCGCAACGGGAUGCUUUUUGCCGGGCAUUCGCAAUACAGCUCUGAGGUCGUCGGUGGUGGAAAGCGCCAGUACCUGCCAGACUCGAGCAUGCCCGCCUGGUGCUGCAGUACACGCCGCAUCCGGGUCAUCUUGGUCUGUUUCAUCGCCUUCAACAUUGUGAUACUGCUGCUGGCCGCCGUCAACUCGGACACCGUGUCUCGCGUGCGACACGGGGGCGGCCUCUGGACCGAGCUGUGCCAACACUGCGGCAGCGGCCACGACCGCGACGCCUCGUACAGAGACAUCGCCACGGACAUCUUUCACUUGCCACUGCUCGAGAAUGUGGACAUGGGCGCGCACUACUAUCCGCUCGCGUCGUCCGCCGAUCCAGGUGGCAAGUGGUGCUUCCGCAAGGGAACGCUGCCGCCUGCUCACUCGGAGAAUGCGGAAAGGUGCCUGUGUUCCGAGGGCUACUACGGUGCCGAUUGCGGAAUUCCUCAGGUCGUGUGGAAUUCGAGCUUUCUUGAAGCUGGCACUAGGCAAGGGGCUUGGGUCCGGCGUCGUGUGAAACCUAGAAGACUCCUCGGCAUUUUCACAGUGACUGGCCCGUUUCAGUUGGACUUCCUUAGGCUGCAGAUCGCAUACCUACGGCCGAUAGUAGAUGUGUUCGUUAUUGCAGACAAAACCAACCGGCUCCUGGCUGACAUAGAACGCACUUUUGGUGGUCAACAGGAGUACACUAAGAUUGUGUACCUACCCCUUAACAACCGCAAUAACUCAACGGCAAGAGCCGAAGACAUGCUGCAGCACCUCUUUUGGAAACGCCUCUCCGACUUCCGCCUUGACGAUCUGCUUGUCUGGGCAGACCUGACCACAGUGCCACUUGCAGAAGUACUUCUCUUCUUGAAACUAUACGAUGGUUACUCGGAGCCUGUUUACUUGAACGUUCGACAGCUCGCAUACAGUUUUCUAUGGGAGCAGAAGAGAGGCUCGAAUUCGAGCAGCUCGAGCGAGCACAGGGAAAGCUCACAAACUCCAUUUGUCUCAACCUUUGCUGUGUUGAGUGUGUUGUGCCGUUACAACUUGACUUGUGCCAUGCCUCCUAAGGAGAAUGCCUUUACUGCAGCACAGCUGGAAGCAUUUACCAAAAACCACGGGUGGGCUAUCGAGCAUUGGACAUUGGGAACAAGAGAAGAGCCAUCUGGUUGGAAUUGCAAGAACUGCGUUACCUUUUCAGACUCCUCAUCCUUAUUUCCUGAGAGUGCAAUCAAUGGUUCGAUGGUGACCAAUGAGCAGUGGGAAGCAACACUUUUGAACAAACUGAAAGACAAUGGAUUCAGUUUCAAGACUGUGCAGCCUGUUGAUAAAAAUGAUCUCAGGUACCUUGCACCGCGAAUGUUGUUGGAGAAGCCAGGAUCGCUAUGGUACUUGGUACCACUGCAUUUGAAAACAUCGCAAGUUUGAUGUAUGGGCCAGAGUUCCUUUUUUUUUUCUUUCAUAGUUCGCUCGUUUACAGGUAGCAAAUGCCUGCCGAUUUAGAGAUUGCUCUUGUGGAUUGGGUGAAAUUCAUUUUAUGUCACGUAUUUUUCUGUGUUCCAUAAUAUAGUGGUUUCCUGCAAUAUUUAACACCUAAGAGAUACAGUUUGUCACUUGUGUUUGUGAAAGUGUUUUCUUUUUCUUGACGAUGUAGUCAGAUGCCUGGACUUCCAUAGAGAGAUCUGUUUGAGUGCUUAAAAGCCAUUCUCGCGGCAGUGUUACCAUACAUUUGAACUUUAAAAAAUUGGUACGCUACUUCACAGUUGACUUGUUUGUUUUGAGAUGUAUGCAAGCAAAUAUCUUCGAAACAAUGUAGUUGUGAUUUACUUACGAACACACUUGAGGGUGAUAUCUUCAGUUGGGCAGAGUCAUAUUUCUGCCUAAACUACGUGCCUUAAAUAUGUGAGAGCUAAGUGGAGUGAUGCAAAGGUAAUUAUCUGGUCAUAGAAUAAGUGUCUAGUUAUAGUUCUGUGCACCGGUGAAGCCAAAAAUUGUUCAAGUGUGAUAUGUAUCUCAUGCGUUCACUUAGGUUUGGUUUUUUUUCCCUCGUUGUACUGGACUUAUUGUGAGAGGUGAUUGUUGCCUACCAUUCAGUACUAGUGAAUUAGAACAGCAGGGUUAUAUGCCAGUCCUUCCCACCAAAACAUCCUUUGCAUUUCAUUUUUUCCAAUAUUGCAUUAUGAUUGUUUUGAUGGUACUGUUAUGUUGUGAUGCUAAUAUAAUGGCUAUGGCACUGGCAGUGUGACAGAUCUAUGGCAUUGCUGUUGAUGACUGUUUUCCAGAAUUUUCAAUUCUUUAUCUGAAAAGCACCCGAUUACUAAUAUUCUUGUAAGGCACUUCACUAGUUGUAUAGUACAUUAACCCUUUAGGAUGUAAAACUGCCAUCAGUUCUGUAGAGUUUUAAUUUUAAGUGUUUAGUUGCACCCCCUACAAGUCUAAUGCUACAAUUUCCACUUGGUUAUCAUAGUCCGCUCACACUAUUUUUAUCUGUUGAAUGAGUAAAUCUGAGCCAAUGGGGGAACGCAAUAGUGAGGUAACAUGGCCCUCCAUAAAUUCAAGGCUGCAGUUAUGUCCGCAUAGACCAGAGAAUAUUUUGAAAAGCAUGACUUGUGCAUUUGUUUUUCAUCCUGAACCAUUGAUAAUUUUGAGCCAUUUAAUCACGACUUCAGAGAACUGUUCCUAGGUCUAUGUUGUCUAAUUUGUCUUUUAUUCAUUCGUAAGUUUUCCUGUGACCGUACUUGUAAAAAUCAUAUCUUGCUCAUCAGCACUCUUAUGUACAUGUAUGACUUGUUUUUCUGCAGAGUUUUUUUAUAUCGGGCUUUUAUUCGCUCUUGGCAGGACUGUUGCUAGAAUGAAAGCUUGUUACGCACUUGUACGGGGCAGUUCAGGUCUGUAAUAUAUACUUUUUGGCUAGCUGUUUCUUUAAAGAGUGAUUCAUUGUAAAAAAACAUCUAGAUUAAAGCAAUUGAGCUAAAUGCAUUUAUAUGAAUAAACCCAUGCAAUUUGGUAAAAAAUAAUAGCUUUUGAUUAACAACUUUUUGUGAUAGGAGGCACUAGCAUUAGGCUAGCUUGUUAUAGGAAGCACAAUUGUGAUAGGAAGGAGACCGAGACAAAUUCUAGGUUUUAGGAUUGUUAUUAAAGAAGUGGCAUGCAAAAGUUGAAUGUGUAUUGCCAUGUGAAAAUAAGUUUGUAUAACAGAUCAGAAAAUUGAAGACCACAACAGCUGAAAAAAAGUAAGUCCCAAAAAGUUCAAAAUUAGGUUUUCUUGACCUUUGUGCUGAUGUUAUACCAUAGAACUUAAAGGUUCGUGUUUAUGGAAUGCCUCGAAGGCAAGGUUUCUUAACAAUGUAUAUGUAAGCAUGGUGCCAAAUAUGUAUUUUGGUUCCUGUUGUUAAAAAGAUUGGCUGAAAUUUUCGUUGUCUGUGAAAUAUGCAAAUGACUUGUGAUAGUCCUGUGCUGUUGAUAGCACCCACUCAGUCUUUCCAUUUUUACUGUGCAGUAACCGAAGAUUUUAUCUUUCGGUAGAAUAGAACACAACACUUUAGGAAAAAGUUCUAGCUUGUAAUUCCUUGUUCCUGCAAAGCCAUUGUGCAAUAUUCGGCAGCACAGCAGAUUUUCAUCAGGCAUACAGCAUAUCUUUAAUCUAGCCAAGUGGCUGGCUUAACUCAAAUUUUUCGAAGUACAAAACCUACAAUUUCUGGAAGUUUUUCUUGGAGUGUUCUCAUAUCAAGAUAAUGCCUCCGCAGUUUCCUUUCAUAACUUUUAUUUUGAAUAAUUUGUUGCAGAGGACAUUGUAAUGGUUUUAAUCGUUUCAUGCUAGAAGCUGAAGCUGUGUUGUUUAUGCAAUGUUCGGGUGUUAUUUGCUGUGCGGCUGUGAGGUUACCUUUUUCAUGCUUUCUAGCACCUUUUAUUUUCUUGCUACUGAAGCAGGAUAUACUGUAACUGGAAUUUUUGAGUUUAGGUGCCUUGUAAGGAUAGAAUUUGAACCCUACGCUUUGUUAGCAGCUGUGUUUUUUCCAGGUUGUGAACACGCAAUCCCUGCAAUAUAAAAACUAUCUUUUGGGAGUACAUAUAUGUCUACUAGUUACUGG